AUGGCUACACCUCGACGGAGGUCCUCGCGCAUCAAGGGCGAAACACCUUCUCACCUCAAUGCUACGCCCUUAGCAAGUAAGCUAUCCUCUCUACUCGAGAGGGACGAGUCUCCUCCAAGUGGUGCCCCACGCUCCCUCAACACACUAGUCUCCUCACCUCUCGCCCCCCCAAACACUGCUAUGGCCCAAGGUCCUUUCACUGGCCAGUCAUCGCCAGUCAAGACACCUCAGACGGCUUCUCGUAUACAGCCACCUAUGGUGGAAAUGCACCCAAGCAAAGUCCACCAGAGCACUGUCAAGCCAUCGGCGUCUCGUCAAGGCUUCGGCAGUAUCUUUUCUCGAAUGAUUGCUUCUCCUUCAAAACCUACCCUCACAGUGCUCCCUCAGCAGACGCCAUCAAAAUCGAAAGGCUCUUUGCCCGGCCAAAUGACUUCACCUACCUUCGACUUUACUUUUGAGCGCCCAGAAUCGGACCUAAGUGUCGAGGCCCAGAAAAUCAUGGACAGCGUAAGAGAGGAAGCCGCAAAGAUCAAAGCGCAGAUGGUAGAAGAGCGAAGCAAACAAGAAAACAAAGAUGGCGAGGCGGACCAAUUCUACGGUGUUGGCGGUCGGAAGAUUGCAAAGCCCAAGGGCAAGUCUGGACGGUACAGUGAUGUUCACAAGCAAGAGUUCAAGAAGAUGGAUUCCAUCGCUGGACAUGGAUCUGUCUGGAAGAACAAGGUCGAGGCCAAUGCAUCUUCGUUGAAGCGAAGUCCAUCAAAGGCAGGGCUAAAUGAGCCUCUCGGGAAACUUCCUCGGUCGAAGUCAUUCCAAACAUUCGGUCAACAGAUUUCGAGCGAUCGACUUGAGAACACCUCGCCGGGCAAGCGUGUCAAGCAGAACCGUUACGAUGAUACAUCCUCAGCGAGGCCAGUCUCACGAGACACUGACUCGGAGGUAGAGCAUACACAGACCACAUCUGCCAACGUACGAACUCAGUCUGGCUUACCAAGCGCCGUCACCACUCCUACAAAGGCAUCUUUGGCUCGCUCAGUCAGCGUAAAGUCAAUGAAGACAUCCAUGAUUCCAUCGUUGAGUAGAUCUGCUUCUACAAAGACUCUUGGAAGCCCAGUAGCGCCAAAGACUGAAGGAAGCAACAAGUACCUCUCUUCGCUUUCACGCUUUGGCAGCAUGAAGUCCAUUCUACAUCGCUCCCAGCCGAAGUUCUCCAAUGAUCCAACAAAGGUUGCAGCAGGCACUCACCUGCCACUCCCUCAAGGCAAGAUGGAUCUUGAGAAGGAUUUACCUGAUCUCCCUGGUACUCCGUCGGUGGGUCUGCAUCGUUCGCCCACGAUGAAGCGAGUAGGCUUCACACCCAGCACCAAGUCUCAGCAUGACCUUGCAGCCAACUCGCCAUCUCCAUCCAAGAUCCCAACACCAUAUCCAUACCAUCAAUCGCAACCAUCUGAUGACACCCCUAAAUCCUCCGAUCCGAUCUCGUAUCCGGAUCUGGGUAACUCUCCUAAUAUCACCACUCGCACCAAGAUCCAUAAAACAUCCGCGCCUGGCGACUUCACCUUCCGCUCCGAGAAGACUAUGGACUUCGACACCGGAUCACCUGCCUCUAUUACCAGCCCAGGGAGUACGAUCCGUCACGUCCGUCCAAGCAGCAUCUCAACGCCUCUGUCUGCCUUCAGCAACCUCCCAUCCAUUCCGCAUGGCAUGUCAAACAAGAAGCGACGUCGUGCCGAAUCUGACACCGAAGCUGGAGACGAAGAGAAUGCCGACCCAAUGGCACUGGAUGAAGAUGAUAACGAUCAGCGAAAGGCAAAAAAGCAGCGUAUGAACGGAUCGCAGGGGAAGUCGGCGGAAACCUCCUCCCCAUUGAAGAGACGUGCAGCUGGGAGCAGAAUCCUAAAACUUGGUGGUGCAAAAGAGAAGGGAAGGAUGGGUAUUAGUCUGGGCAGAUUGAACAUGCUCGCGAGGCCGAAGGAGAGGCGCUAG